AUGCGGCUCUCCUUUGCACCUGUUGCCUACGCUCUCGUGGCCCUCACCCUCGCCCCGUACACAAUCCAGACCGGCUUCAUCACAGCCUUCACAGGAGCGGCCUGCGACGGUGACGCCGGGGGGAACGUCACCUGCGACGGUUCGUGCCACACGUUCGGCGCGCGGCACUCCUUCCGCGUCGACCCAGGGUCAGGCCCCCACUGCAUGACGCUGUACAUAGAUGCAGGAUGUCUGGCGCAUUCCGAGGGCUUCACGCUCACAGGCCAGGAGGGCGGCUGCCAGAACGUGAACACGGGCACGGACAUUCAGUCCUUCAUCUGCGCGCCGAGCAACAUCUGCCUGGUCUGA